AGUUGAAAAAAUUAAAUGGAGAAUUCGAAUUCGAUGCAGCAGCAGCAGCAGGAGCAAAAGCAGAAGAAGAAGAAUUUCCGGAAGAGGAAUAUCGAAGAAGUAGAAGAUGAAGAAGCCAAGAGCAAGGUUUCAGAUGACGAAGAAGAAAGGAGGUUGGCAUUGGAGGAAGUGAAGUUUCUUCAGAAACAAAGAGAAAGAAAAUCAGGAAUACCUGCAAUAACUAGUGCAUUGCAAAGUGGAACGGUUACAGGAAACGGUGGUGGCUUAACUAAAGUUGCCGAAAAGAAUGAAGUAGAUGGAGAAAAAGAUGAGUUGGUUCUUCAAGAUACAUUCGCUCAAGAAACAGCCGUCAUGGUUGAAGAUCCCAACAUGGUGAAUUACAUUGAGCAAGAACUUGCAAAGAGAAGGGGCAAAAAUGUUGAUGUGACAGAUCAAGUUGAGAACGAUUUAAAACGUGCUGAAGAUGAAUUAUACAAAGUUCCGGAGCAUCUUAAAGUGAAGAAACGAAACUCAGAGGAAAGCUCUACUCAGUGGACCACUGGGAUAGCUGAGGUUCAGCUCCCCAUUGAAUACAAGUUGAAGAAUAUUGAGGAAACUGAGGCUGCCAAGAAGCUUCUACAAGAAAAGAGGCUCAUGGGCAGGACUAAAUCGGAAUUUAGCAUUCCCUCAAGUUACAGUGCAGAUUAUUUCCAACGUGGCCGGGAUUACGCUGAGAAACUUAGAAGAGAACACCCUGAGCUAUACAAGGACAGAGGUUCACAGGAUGAUGGUGCUGGAGCCAGACCAACUGAUAAUGGCACUGAUGCAGCAGGAAGUAGGCAAGCUGCGACAGAUGAAUUCAUGUUAGAGCGCUUCCGCAAACGAGAACGCCACAGGGUGAUGCGAAGAUAACAUGCACUUUAUACUUGUAGAAUCUCCAGCCGGACAUGCGAAGAUAACAUGCACUUUAUACUUGUAGAAUCUCCAGCCGGACUAAUAUGUGAAACAGUAUGUGCUGGUUUGUGUCUUAUGAUACGCUACCCCAUGAUUACUUGUGGCUCAAUGUAGUUCUGUUAGCAACACAAAAGGCUUGUUGCUGCAAAAGCUGUUGCCGCUAUUGACUGUUGUGAUGUAUCGUGUAAAUAGAUUUUAGAAGCCUGUCUAGCUAUAAGGUCAUGUAAUGUCACUUAAAAUUUUCUCAACGGGCUCUGAAUCUAUUGAUUGUUUUUUUUUUUUUUU